CACUAUGCUCGGGUGGAGUCAACUAUAUAAGAGGCUUCCUUCUGGGUUCUAGUUAUCAGUUAAACAGAGUCAAUCGACGAAGUUAAUUCGUUAACAAAACAACACACCAAACACUCCAAGUUCCCUCUUUUAUUUAAAUAUUAAAAUGGCUUUCUUCAAAUCCUUAGUUUGCUUGGCUAUCAUGGGCGCUGCAUCCGCUGGUUUAUUGCACGGUGGUGCUGGAUUAGGACACGGUGGAGCAAUUUAUGCUAGUGCACCAGCUGUUUAUGCUGCUGGCCCAGUAGCAUAUGCUGGAGCUGGACACGAUCAUGAUAAUGUGGAUUACUAUUCACACCCCAAAUACUCGUACAACUAUGGAGUGUCUGAUUCCCACACCGGAGAUGUUAAGUCCCAGCACGAAGUCCGUGACGGAGAUGUAGUGAAGGGACAAUACUCCUUGGUUGAACCCGAUGGUUCAGUGCGCACCGUUGACUACACCGCCGAUGAUCACAAUGGCUUCAACGCAGUCGUCACCAAGAGCGGACCCAGUGUACAUGCUGCUCCAGCUCCAGUCAUCGCCCAUGCCGCUCCAGCUGUCUACCAUGCCGCCGCACCCCUUGUCGCUGCUCCAGCUCACUACGGUUCAGUAGCUCACCAUGUUCCAAAUGCCUACGGACAUGCUGCCUAUGGUGGUCAUGGAUCUGUUGCCCAUUACUAAAGUUUUAGUUCCAAGGGAAAGCAGCUAUGACUCGUGGAUGGAUGAAAGGACCAGAAACAAGAAAACCCGACUCUGACUCUUCAAAGACUCUCUCUUAUAUACUCAAUCGCUCUUAGUCAAUGCUCUUUGUCUUCUUUAUAAAACACAAAUUAUGAUUUUAUUUUAAAUUGUAAUGUGUAAGCUUUAAUGUUGAUAUACUCUCUGAACUGUAUACUCUUGUAAAUAGCUUUAGAUCUCUUGCCCCUGAUUCUUCAUUACAUAUAUCACUUAAAUCCUUCUUAAAUAAUUAAUUAUUCUAUACUUGUCGGUUCGGAACUUGACCCACCAGCCACCAUUCACUCGCCUCCCCACAAUCUCUCAUUGCUCUCUCAUCUCAACCGCAUAGAAAAAAGAAGAAUUUAAAUAACGACCCUCAUUGCCAAUGUUAACGAAUUUUGUGUUUGAUCCCUAUAAAUAUAUUUAAUUAUUAUUUUCUUUUUAUAUUUAUGAGUUAAUUAUUUUAUUUUUUUAUUGUGUAUAAAAAAUAAUAAAAUAUAGCAAAUAAUAAAAUGUAUUGAAAAAAUAAA